CUUCAUCAAGACACACUCUCUCUCUCUCUAUCUCUCUCUCUCUCUCUCUCGGAUCAUUCAUAAAUGAAGGAUCAAAACGUGCUUGAAACCGAUCCAGAGGAGGAAAAGAAGAAGGGCGUAGCAAUGGGGAGAGGAAAGAUAGAGAUAAAGAGGAUAGAGAACCAGACAGCGAGGCAAGUUACGUUCUCCAAGAGAAGAAGUGGUCUUCUCAAGAAGACACACGAGCUCUCUGUCCUCUGUGAUGCUCAGAUCGGUCUCAUCAUCUUCUCCGGCACCGGCAAGCUCUGUGAAUACUGCUCCCAACCUCUCAGGAUGGAGCAGAUCAUCGACAGGUACUUGAAAGUCACAGGAACUCGUCUCCCUGAACAUCAUGACAACCGAGAACAACUGUUCCACGAGAUUGCGGUCCUGAGGAGGGAGACAUGUAAGCUUGAGCUGAGCAUGCGUCCGUACCACGGUCAGGACAUUACCUCCAUCCCUCCCAACGAGCUCGACGAACUCGAGCAACAGCUCGAACUCUCUGUCCAAAAGGUCCGCGACCGCAAGAAUGAAUUGCUACAACAACAGUUGGACAAUCUCAGUAGAAAGGAACGAAUGCUGCAAGAAGAAAACAACAACAUGUACCGUUGGAUCCAGGAGCACCGAGCAGCGGUAGAGUAUCAGCAGGUAGCAAUGGAGGGGAAGCCGCCGGAGAAUCAGCAGUUCCUGGAGCAGCUUCAGUUCUACGGCGAGCAACCGAGCAGUGUUCUUCAGCUCGCCACCAUUCCUUCUGAGAUUCACCCCUACAGCCUCCAGCUCGCUCAGCCUAAUCUUCAAGAUUGAUCAGACAUCGAUCCAAAAAACCGAGUUAAAACUCUUUAUCUGUCAGAUUUGAUGGUAUAUACAUAUAUAUAUAUAUAUAUAUGAAGUUAUAAUAUAUGUGAGUAAUGAUGGUUGGACCAUGCAUAUUAACUUGAAGAGUAAUGGCGUUUGCUUCU